CCACGCUCUCCAAACGUUUCAUGAAACCGCCACCAUCUGAUCGUUUAUGUGAAGGUACCUGGGCUACACAACGGCAACGACGAUUGUUUUUACCCUUAGUUGCAACGUCUAGCCGUGUUUCUGAAACGAAGUGGUGGCGGGACCGGUAAAACGCUUCAGACAACAAUAGCUCUUACCCUAGCGACAUCUAAAGAUAAAUAAAGCUAAAGGUACUAUCAUGAUAGAUAUGCCGUACUCCUCACAAACCACUACCCCUGCUCGGACUUGAAUUGACAGCGGAAAUCAAACUGAUACGAUGAACAGCUGUAACGCGAUAACAAGGAUCUGUCCUUCGAAUUCUCCCUCAUCUUUGAGAGCUGUCCAUCAUGGCUUUCCCCUCGCUCUCCUUAGUCUUCCUUGUGCUUUCCGUCGUUUAUGCGUUAUACCACCGAAUCACUCGCAUUUCAUUGCGCGAUGUACCAGGUCCUACAUCAACUUCGUUUCUCUACGGUGCAUUUCCUGAGCUUGUUUCUGGCCAAGCUGGAGAGGCCGACUUCAAAUGGCAAGAGACGUAUGGAGAUGUCAUACGAGUCCGUGCUUCAUUGGGUGAAGAGCGCCUUUUGAUACUCGACCCAAAAGCCAUCUAUCAUGUAUACCAGGGCACCAAGUAUCAGUACAUCAAGCCUCCUGGCCGCGCUGAGCUAAUUCGACCACUGAUGCGAGAUCCAGACAUUAAUAAUCACCCAAGGAACCGACGUGCUGUGGAACCGGCCUUUGCGGUGGGAGAGAUCAAGUCAUACCUGCCCAUCUUCUUCUCAUGCGCAGAGAAGAUGACAUCGAAGUGGAUGGACAUGAUAUCCGCGGCCGGAGAUCAGUCACUGAUUGUGGAUAUAGCGUCCUGGGCAUCCAAGGUCACGCUCGAUAUUGUCGGAGAAGCGAUCUUCGACUGUCAUUUCGGCGUUUUGGAUGAAUCCAAGCAUCCUUUGGCAGAAGCUUAUGCGAAUUUAUUCUUUAACACCUUUUCUGCUCCCAACAGUGAGACAGCUCGUUCCAUGAGCCUGUCGUUAUGUCUCGUCGAGUGGCUGCCAAGAUGGAUAAUAAGAUUUAUGGUCAACCACUCCCCUGCACGGCGGUUUUCAUAUAUUCGAAACUCCGGCGCGGUAAUCAGUGAGAUUACCACACAGUUACUGAACGACAGAGCGAACGAUCCCAUUUCCUGCAAGCGGCAAAAGGAUAUUAUGAGCCUAUUGAUUAAAGCAAAGUCGUCGAGCGACCCCAAGACUCGUCUGAAUGACGAUGAAGUCCUGACACUCAUGAAUGGUAUGCUUUUCGCCGGCCACGAGACCAGUGGCACCACCAUAAGCUGGCUUUUGUUGGAGCUCGCCAAGGCUCCUGCGAUCCAGCAGAAACUUCGUGCAGAAAUCAGGGCAAAUCAGGCACUUCAAAGUCGCAAUGACUUGGUACCUUCGGACCUUGAUGCUAUGCCGUAUCUUAACGCAGUCCUGAAGGAGACACUACGGUUCCACCCCAUCUCGUACAACAGUCCUAGAAUCGCGUCGCGCGACGAUGUACUCCCUUUGAGCAAACCUGUUGUGACGAGUUCCGGAAAGGUCCUACACGAGUUGCCCAUACCUAAAGGAACAUAUAUCAUUUCGUCCAUCGCUGGUUACAACAGGAACAAGGAUGUUUUCGGGGCGGACGCGCAUAUGUUCAAUCCUGAGAGGUGGCUGGAUAGCGAUUUCAAGCGUAAUGUUAAAGUUUCAUUGGGGAUGUACGGUAAUUUGUUCACGUUUAUCGGCGGGCCUCAGUCAUGUAUGGGCUGGCGGUUCGCUGUGUGCGAACUACAGGCUCUUAUCGUGGAGAUUAUCGAUAAAUUUGAGUUUUUUUUGACAGAGGAUUGGAUUCAGAUUCGGAGGGAAUCGUGCAGAGUGAUGGUACCCACACUCGAAGGAGAGGUGGAGAAGGGGGCUCAGUUGCCUUUGAGAGCGAGGAUUGCCCCUCGAUAAUUUAUCGUUCAAGUUAUUGCCUUUUCACUUGGCUAGUUUUUGUGGCGGGCAAUAUUGCUUAGGGUUAGGGUUACAACAAACGUUCCGGCCUUGGAAAAUCAAAUU